AUGCCGCAUCACCUCACAAGUGGUGCCUCACCCGCCCUGCAGCUGAAGGAGGAGCGGCGGCUCAAAGCCCUGGGCAUCCUGGACAGGGAGGAGGUGGACCUGAGCGCCCCGAGGUGUUUCGGCCGAGACAGGAAGCAAGGAGUUCUCUCCGAGACAGAAAAUACUGAAUGGAGCGAUUCAAGCUCGUACAUGUUUGGAGAGGCAACGAUGUCAGGGGGCAAGAGGCGCUUGGUCAUCAGGGGGCCAUUGAAGGAUUCGCUGGGAGUUCGACGGGGGCUCGUGUGCUCUCGAGCACAGGGAAGGCACUACAAUGCUUCGCGCGCCUUGCAACCAGGCGGUAUCCGCAUUGAUGAGGUGCUUCUAGGAGUGAAGCUGGCUUGCUUGGCGUACACUGAUGACCAGCGGGGAACACUCGAAAGCCUUGGUGGCACGAGGAAGGCAAUCGAAAUGAUCGCCGGGCCUGAAGCGCGGCGGCCCUUGUCGGAAAUCCUGCAGGGCCUUGGCUACACCGUCGACCGGAUCUUUUCACACCUUUCACUCUUCGGGAGUGUGCGGACUGUUGAUGCCCACGGAUUCAUAGCUCACAACGAGCAGGACGUGGUGAUAUCCUACAGAGGGACCACGGGGAUCGUGGAGUGGCUGACGGACUUGGCGGCCAGUCCGACGCCCUUCCAGCCACAUUUACAUCAGGAGAAGACUAGCUGCUUUCCGGCAGGUCGACAAUCCCAUCCACAGGCCCACCAAGGUUUCUACGAUGCCUUUCUGGCAUCGGUGUGUGAUCUCAACCAGAAGCUGAUGCCACAGCUGCGAGACAUAUCACGCCCAAAGAGGCUGAUAAUCGUUGGACAUAGCAUUGGAGGAGCCAUCGCAAUGGGAGCUCUUGGCUACUUGCUACAGGCCUUUAACUUCAUGACGUCCCCGCAUCGUAUACUUUUUGUUAGCAUCGGACAGCCUCGCUUUGGCGAUGAAGUUUUCGCUUCUUGGCUGGACAAGCAGAUCGGCGCCCUUCGACGUCGCGGCAAAUGCUGUGCGGUGCGGUUAGCACAUGAUUGCGAUGCGGUGCCGACGGUGCCCCCGUGGCACGGUGGCUAUCGGCAUGCCGCAAAGCUCUGUCUCCUGACCAAUGAGGGUGACUUGCUGAUAGGGCCCGAGGUUGAGGAGACUGAUGUCGGCAGCCUGGCAGAAGGAGUUGAUGAUCACCGGACAGACAACUACUUGCAUCUGCUGGCCAAUGUGACAGCAUGA